CCAUUCUCCGGUAGAUCAGCCGUGAACGCCAACGGCUUCCGUCUCCUUUUGUCUUUUCUGCACCGGGUUUCCUCUCUUUCACGCCUCAACUUUAUCUUACGAGUACCAUUCAUUCUCUCUACUAAUUAGGAACAUCGCCAGCAUGUCCACUCGCCUGAAUAUCAUAGUGGCAGCCUGUGAGAACCAAGGGAUCGGUAUCAACGGCGAAUUGCCAUGGCGACUGAGGGAGGAAAUGAAGUACUUUAGCCGCAUGACGAAGAUGACAAAGUCAUCAGAGAAGCAGAAUGCCGUCAUGAUGGGCCGCAAGACAUGGGAAUCCAUCCCAGACAAGUUUAGGCCCUUACCUGGUCGCCUGAAUCUGGUGAUUUCAUCAAGAGCAAAGAACCCUGGUCCAGAAUUCAAUGGAUCAACAGUGUGUUCUAGUUUUAAGGAAGCCAUUGACAAGGUUCACAGUCGUGCAGAAGUGGAGAGUGUGUGGGCCAUUGGGGGAUCUUCUAUAUAUGAGAUGGCAUUAGAAUCAGAUCAUCUCCACCGUAUAUAUCUUACGAGGAUAUUAAAGGAUUUUGAGUGUGACACCUUCCUGCCAUCAUUUGACCCCAAGAAGUUCCAGAUUGUGACAGAUCCCUUAGUUCCUAAUGAAAUACAACAAGAAGGAGAUAUCACCUACAAGUAUGAAAUUUAUGAGAAAUUGAAAUAAAAUUUUCCUUUACCUGCUUGUUCUGUCCAUAAUGCCUUGGAUGUUUUUAAAUAUGUCAUGGUAAUGUCAGUUACAUAAUUAAAAUACAAGAGAAUUAAUUA